AUGAAAUUAAGCAACGAUGAUGAUGAUAAUAAUAAUAAUAAUAAUUAUAAAAAGUUUUAUUGUGUAGACAAUUCAAAUUGUACACUAGAUCCUUUUCGUUGUGUGAAAUGGUGUGAUGGAAAACAGUUUCCAUUCUGUCAAUGUCCAAAUGGAAGUAUAAAUGUUCAACAUUCAUGUGUAUCAACUCUCCAUGGAUUAUGCGAUGAUAUUCGACGAUGUCCACCUACUACAACAUGUAAUGGAACACAUUGCAUUCAGAUAAAGUAUUUUAACAACAUUCGACUGUUCUGGAAUGGUAGUAUAUCGGUAUUCAAAUUCACUUUGAUGAUCGUCAUACUAGUCACUAUCUUGCUUGGCAGUUUACUUCUCAGUUUUAUUUAUUACAUUUGUCGUUCAACAAAACAACGUGAUUCGUUACUGUCGAAAGUACUUCCAUUACAAGAUAGUUACACCACAUUAUCGUUAUUCAAUCAUCGAACAUGCUCAUCGACAAGCAGUGGCUCAAUGGCAACUGAUUCAACAAAAGCUGAUAAUGACGACAUAAAUGCAUCGUCAAAUAACAACAAAAUAUAUCAAAUAACAGAUUGUUUGUACUUAAUGAAUAAUGCAUUAGUAGGCAUAAAUGAGAAUGUUAGUACCUCAUUCGAUGAUAAUGAAUUUUAUCCAAAAGUUAUCGGACGAUUGCAAAGUGGAGAUGUUCUAAUUUCGGCGUGA